AGAUGGCAAAGAGAUGUGAGAUUUGCAGACAACCACUUACAUAUGAAGACGAAAAAGAAGCAAAGAAAGAAGACGGUUCUGAAAGGGAAGUUCAUGCAAUUCCAAAUACCACCCAUGACAAGAAAGAGAAGGAAGAGGAAUGUUAUGCCAAGACAGCUAUAAAACCUUGGCCUAUGCCUUGUACUGAUGGAACCAAAGUAAUCGCCUUGCCACCCAGAAAUUCUCUACGGAAGACAGUCCAAGUACUUCCACCAGUAACCAAGAUAAAAGAAGACUCUGUAAAUCCAUACAUUCUGGAGAAAAAACAACCCGUUUUAUUACUGAGUAAUUACGGAUUUCCACCGUAUAAGAUAGUCAACAGACCUCACACAACAAAACUUGUCAUGACCCAAGACAAGCAAGGAAAUCCUUUCAGGUUAACACCUGGUCCUCGAUAUAAUCCUUUCAGCUAACUCUUGCCCAAACAGGCUAAGAAUUUUAAUAGAAAAAGGUAUUUGUAAAAUAAAAGCUUACCUAAUAUAUAAAUACAGAUAGAUUCUGAUGUCAUAAUUGAAGUGUGUAGCAAGGUUAAAAAUGCAUUGCCAAUAUUCUA